AUUAUGUUCCAAGUAUUCCACAACCAGACCAUCCUUCAAAGAACAUCAUUUGAACUCUCUGAAUUUGUUAUCAAAUCGGUGGGUGUGACCAUAAUAAGACAACAAAAACUGGCGUUUUUGCCAUAAAAUCCAAUUCUGUAAACGUUCUUGUAAUUAACGCUGCUAUUCCUGUGUUCUUUUCUUGUUUAAACUUCCAAAGACUCCACCUUUUUAGCUUUUUCUUCAUCACCCACCAUUUUGUUUCUCAAAAAUCUUCUUAAUCUUUGACACCCACAUCUUAUUUUUAUCAAUUUCGACGUGGGGUUGUGAAAAAAGAGUGGAAUUUGGGUGUUUUUUGAUUUCUUGGUGAAGUGAUGGGUGGAAGGAAAAUCUUGAAGUCUUUACAAGCAGUGGUAGCUCAUGGAUUGCUCUUUUGUUUCACUCUGCUUCUUGUUCUCAAGCUUGAUCGAGCCCUUCAUUAUUCUUGGUGGGUUGUUUUCGUUCCACUUUGGUUGUUUCAUGUGGUUGUCGCAAGGGGUAGAUUCUCAUUACCUGCUCCGUCAAAGCCUCAUGAUCGACAUUGGGCACCAUUUCAUGCUAUCAUGGCGACUCCGCUGCUUAUUGCUUUUGAACUACUUCUUUGUACUCAUCUCGACAGCAUCUAUGCUGUAAAUUUGAAGAUUGUGUUCUUGCCCCUGCUAGCACUUGAAAUUGCUAUCUUGGUUGAUAAUGUUAGAAUGUGCAGGGCACUGAUGCCCGGAGAUGAAGAAAGCAUGAGUGAUGAGGCUAUAUGGGAGACCCUUCCUCACUUCUGGGUUGCAAUCGCUAUGGUCUUCUUCAUAGCAGCAACAACAUUUACUCUUCUGAAGAUUUGUGGAGAUGUUGCUGCUCUGGGGUGGUGGGAUUUAUUCAUUAACUACGGUGUCGCACAAUGCUUUGCCUUUAUUAUCUGCACGAAAUGGUACAACCCUGCAAUCCACAGACAGUCAAGUCUACGUGCACCCAGCUCUUCUACGACAAGCAUACAAUAUCUUAACUGGAACAGUGGAUUGCUGGCAUCUUUGGAUGAAGAUGAUCAACAUAGUGGAAUAUGCAGUUUGCAGGACAUUGGUAGUCAUGUGAUGAAGAUUCCUCUUGUUUGUUUCCAGAUAUUGCUUUUUAUGCGUUUAGCGGGAACCCCACCAAGUGCUCGAUUUAUCCCAAUUCCGGUUCUGUUUAUUCCUCUUUUCCUACUUCAAGGAGCUGGUCUUUUAUUCUCUGUUUAUAGACUUGUGGAGACUAUUAAUCUUCUGGUAAAUGAUGAAGCUGGUGUCAGAAGCUAUUUUAGGAUGUCUUCUGUUAUUCGUAAUUCUUUCAGUUUCAUGCGGCACGGGACAAGGUUGUUAGGUUGGUGGUCAAUCGAUGAAGGAAGCCGAGAGGAACAAGCUCGUCUAUAUUAUGCUGGGACAUCUGGGUACAAUACUUUCUCACCUGAUACUGUAAAGCAAAUGCCUAAAGCGAAGCUUGCUGAAGAGAUAUGGAGACUACAAGCAAUACUUUGUGAGCAAUCAGAGAUCACACAGUCAAAACAGGAGGAGUUUGAAAGACUUCAAAAUGAAAAAAUUCUAUGUAGAAUUUGCUUCGAGCAACAGAUAAAUAUUAUCCUCCUUCCUUGUAGGCAUCACGUCCUCUGCAGCACCUGUUGUGACAAGUGCAAGAGGUGCCCCAUCUGCCGUAUGUUUAUAGAAGAACGUUUACUUGUAAAUGAUGUGUAGUUACUAUCGACAAAGAAGCUUAGUUUCCCCCGAGGUAGUCCUUCCGAUCAGACGAGCAAUUUAGAUGGUGAAUGGUGGUUUUAUGGUUUCAUAUCACCACAAGUACAUUGUUGUAUCUGAUUUUAAAUGUGUAUUCGUCUAAAUCAGGCUGUGUCUGUCUUGUGAAUUGUGUAUAUCAUCCACAAGAUUGUUGUAGUUCUGGCAAUAGAUACUGUAAAGCAACUGUAGUACCAACUCUGUGCAUAUUUUCUCUGAUCUAUCAAAUGUAUGAUUGCAUUCGACAUA